UUUAUCUUCCGGUGACUUCUGCCGAUGUUUAAAAAUAAGAAUGUAUGUAAGCUUUAACAUGUGUGUCUGUUAUCAUUGAUCAGUUGUGAUCAUAUCUGUUAUGUAACUUAUUUGUCAAUAUGAAUAAGGCAUUUGACUGCUCGAAGCGAUGUGUAUGGUUUUGGAGUGGUGCUACUUGAAUUGCUUAUUGGAGUGGUAUUACAGUGAAGUUUAUUACACUACAUGUUGUCCUAUUCUUGAAUCCUACUGACACAUGGUUUUGCUAAUCAAAUACUACUUUUGAAAUCUUUUUAAUGUGUUAUUUUGCAAUACUACAAGUUCUAUUGAUCAAUAGAUUAAUCAGACAUACUGUCACUUAUAAUAAAUUUAACAGCUUAACCAACUCCUCUAACCUUUGCAAAGAAAAUUCUGGCAAUGAUGUAGGCAAUUUGUUGCUUUUCUUAUUUGAUGAAAAACCAAAGGUGCUGGAUUUAUUUCAAAGAAGAUAUUUGCGCUCACUCACUCUAGAUAGUAGUUCAUUCUCUUGAAGAAUGUGUGUGGUGGACUACUAGGUUGAGAGGUGGAAAAUAAAGUAGUGGUUGAAUAUGAUAGUUUAUUUUCCAGUUCUCAUGUUAUUAUUUAUUAAGCAAAUCUGAACUCAUUUCCAUUCAAAAUUUUCAUCUUCCUAUUUUUCUUCAUGAGUAGAUUGGAGUAGGGCUUAUGGUCUGCCAGCAAUUAGGGGGAAUCAACGGUGUUUGCUUUUAUACUGGCAGUAUUUUUGAUCUAGCAUGUACUUAAUUCUGUAAUUGUAUCUCUUCAUUCCAUGUUUAGCACCAUCAUACUUUCUUGCAUAUCACUUUUUGCAUGUAAACUAUAGCUCAAAAUUAAAGCAUGUUUUGAAACUUGGAUAACCUUCAUGAAGCACUCAGAUUUUUAUUUUGUUUUGGUUUAUUGGUGUAUUUUUGUCGUAGGAUUUCCUUCUGCGACGGGGAGUAUAAUAUACGCUAUCCUUCAGAUUGUGAUCACGGGUGUUGGAGCAGCCCUCAUAAAUAGAGCAGGCCGGAAGCCCCUACUUUUGGUAUCUGGAUCAAGAUUGGUUGCAGGAUGUAUAUUUACUGCAGUUGCAUUCUAUCUCAAGGUUCAUGAUGUGGCUGUGGGAGCAGUCCCAGCACUUGCCGUAACCGGCAUAUUGAUAUUUCCUGUCAGUAUUAAAGGGCAGGCAUGAAGCAUAGCAACAUUAGUGAACUGGUUUGGUGCAUGGAAAACCCGCUUUAGAUUGGAACACAAGAAAGAGGAUAGCAAUUGGAGCUGCUCGGGGCCUUCUGUAUCUUCAUGAGUAAUGUGAUCCAAAAAACAUACACAGAGAUGUAAAAGCUGCUAAUGUGCUUCUGGAUAAUGAUUAUGAGGCUAUAGUUGGUGAUUUUGGCCUUGCAAAGCUCCUUGAUCAUGCUGAUUCCCAUGUCACCACUGCUGUACGUGGCACUGUUGGACACAUUGCACCGAAGUACCUCUCGACUGGCCAAUCAUCUGAGAAAACUGAUGUGUUUGGAUUCGGCAUUCUCUUAUUAGAGCUUAUAACUAGAAUGACAACCCGAGCUUCUUAAAUUUGGUAUAUUAUUAUAAUGUUACUGCUAUAUUAGUAGUAUCUUAUUUACAACUAAGUUGAUGUGUAUAAACAUAAUAGUAUAGCUGGUAAUUGACAUCAAGUUGUAUACUUCAACUCAUAAUUUAUGGUAAGAGAUUAUAUUGACAUUAGUUACAAAUAAAA